AUGGCCAGAACAAAAAGCGGCUCAGGAGCGAAAGCCCAGCCCGCCCUCGAAGAUCCCACAGUUGCGCCUUCGACCUUCAACGACGGACUUCCUUUGCCGAAACUUUUCGUUUUCGACCUAGAUUAUACAUUAUGGCCAUUUUGGGUCGACACCCAUGUUAGUCCUCCUCUUAAAGCAAAGGACAAUAACUCGCGAUGCGUUGACAGGUGGGGUGAAUCUUUCGCAUUUUACCCCGCCGUAUCCUCUAUCUUGCAUGCGUGUCGUUCGCGAUCCAUACCCAUAGGGAUUGCGUCGAGAACGUACGCUCCAGACAUUGCUCGAGAUAUGCUUAAAACAUUACAUAUCAUACCAUCGUUCUCGGAUAACCCCACGGCAGCCAAUAAUCGCUCUGUCCGUGCUCUGGAUUAUUUUGACUAUGUUCAGAUUUUCCCCGGCGAUAAGUCGCAACAUUUCUCGCGAAUACACCAAGCAAGUGGAAUACGAUAUGAAGAUAUGUUGUUUUUUGACGAUGAAGCAAGGAAUAGAAAUGUGCAGACGGAAUUGGGAGUUUCGUUUUGCCUGGUGAGAGAUGGGAUGACACGUGAAGAGGUGGAUCGUGGAGUCUGGGACUGGAGAAAAAAGUUGAACAUUCAGGCUGGGGAUAAAGACCAAGAAGUAGAAGUCGAAUAG